CCCCUCUGCUAGCGCCGCCCGCAGCCAGCCUCGUGGCUGCUCUGUUGCUGCCUAUUUUAGUCAAAGCCCCGCUACUCGCCUCGCCGGCGGCGGCGGGAUCUAUUUAGCGGGACGCUUCUUGCAAAAAGGGAGAGCCAGGGUCAACUUGGAGCCAGGAAAGGGCAAAGAUCAAAUAAUGAUAUGGAAUCAAGCAAAAGAUACAACAGCCACCGUGGGACAAUACCGACUCAUGAGAACACCAUCUUCCUAGCUGAUGAUUAUAUUACAGCUUUUCAAGCCAAAAUAAGUAUGACAUUAUGGUCACCAGCUGGCUUUGGAAACAUGGAUAGGAAGAUGAUGAUCUUCUUUUUUAUCUGUAUCAUAUUUAUAUAACACAGAUUUUGCAAGUUAGAGAAGGAAAACAGUACCAAUCAGUCUGGUGAUCUAGCCAUGGGAGACAACUCAAGUUUUUGGGACAGUUUGAUAUAUGCACAUCCUGUCUGUGUAAACUGGAAGUCAGAAGCAGAAGGAUCUAUCUACCACCUAGCUAGCAUUUUGUUUGUUGUUGGAUACAUGGGUGGAAGUGGAUUUUUUGGCCUGCUGUAUGUCUUCUGUUUGCUUGGACUUGGUUUUCUGUGCUCUUCUGUCUGGGCAUGGCUGGAUGUCUGCGCAGCUGAUAUUUUCUCUUGGAAUUUCAUACUGUUUGUGAUAUGCUUCAUACAGUUUGUUUAUGUAACCUACCAAGUUAGGAGUGUUGCCUUUGACAGAGAAUUCCAGGAGCUUUACAAUGCUCUGUUCCAGCCUCUGGGGAUUUCGCUGACUGUUUUUAGAAAGAUUGUGCGCUGCUGUGAUGAAGAAAUUGUUACACUGGAGAAGGAGCACUGUUACGCCAUGCAAGGCAAAACACCAAUUGAUAAGCUCUCCUUGCUUGUGUCAGGAAGGAUUAGAGUGACAGUAGAUGGGGAAUUUCUGCAUUAUAUUUUCCCUCUUCAGUUUCUGGAUUCUCCUGAAUGGGAUUCCCUAAGACCCACUGAAGAAGGCAUUUUUCAGGUAACCCUCACAGCUGAAACAGACUGUCGAUAUGUGGCAUGGAGGAGAAAAAAAUUAUAUUUGCUCUUUGCUAAGCACCGAUUCAUCUCACGCCUGUUUUCAGUUCUGGUUGGAAGUGAUAUUGCUGAUAAGCUAUAUGCUUUGAAUGACAGAGUAAGCCUAGGGAAAGGUUUAGGUGACUUUAAGAUGAACCCUUCACAAGCCAGUUCAAUCACAGUGACCCCUCUGAGUUUUUCUCUUGACUUCAGAAAUGCCACUACUGUGCCUUUGAAUGAAACUGUGUGUGAAAACUGGAGAGAGAUUCACCAUCUGGUUUUUCAUAUGGCUAAUAUUUGUUUUGCCAUUGGAUUAGUUAUUCCAACCACUUUUAAUCUUCAUAUGAUUGUCUUACGAGCCAUGCUAACAAUAGGAUGUGCACUUUUUAUCAUCUGGGCAACACUUUUCCGCUGUGCCUUGGAUAUACUAGUCUGGAAUAUAGUAUUCCUGCUUGUCAACCUUCUUCAUUUUAUAUAUUUGGUAUACAAGAAAAGACCGAUAAAGAUAGAUAAAGAGCUCAAUAGUCUGUAUAAGCGAAUGUUUGAACCACUCCAUGUGCCUCCAGAGCAGUUCCAGAGAUUGACUGGGCAGUUCUGCAAUAUUCAGAUGCUAAAAACAGGUCAAGCAUAUGCUGCAGAGGAUAAAACAUCAGUAGAUGAUCGAUUAAGCAUUCUGCUAAAAGGAAAAAUGAAGGUCUCCUAUCGAGGGCAUUUCCUGCAUAAUAUUUACCCCUGUGCCUUUAUAGAUUCUCCUGAAUUUCGAUCAACCCAAAUGAAUCGGGGUGAGAAGUUUCAGGUCUCCAUUACUGCUGAUGAUAACUGUAAAUUCUUGUGCUGGUCCAGAGAGAGACUUACAUUUUUUCUGGAAUCUGAGCCAUUUCUCUUUGAAAUAUUUAAGUAUCUCAUUGGAAAAGAUAUUACAAACAAGUUGUACUCAUUGAAUGAUCCAACCCUAAAUGAUAAAGCAUCCCAAAAAAUGGAUCAGCAACCUAGUCUAUGUUCACAGCUGUCCGUGAUGCAAAUGAGAAACAGCAUGGCUAGCUCAAGUGACAGUGAAGAUGGCUUGCAGCACUUUCUCCGUGGCACUUCCACUGGUUCCUCACUCCGUCAACCAUCUCCUUACUUAAGAACAUCACCAAAAAUGAAACCAAUAGAAGAAAAUGUUGAAGAUGAUGUCUUUGAACCCUCAUCCACCAUGAAACCUAAAGCGCAUCAGUGAUAGCUCUGCACAGAAUUUCGGUGAAUGGCAGGAAGAUCAUCACCAUGGCUGUUGGAAAGACCUCUAAUGAGGUUAUCAAAGCUGAUAACUUUACUUUCAAAGGUAUUUUCCACAGAAUACCCAAGGCAGACCUUUUCUAAAUGUGUCUGGAAACUAGUCCCAUUGGUUUCAGUGGGAUGUACUUCCCCAUAGAUACCCUCCAUCCAGGAUCUCCUCUUUACUUUGAUUAGCAGAGUUCCUCAUCUGCAUGUGCUGUGGUAGCCCUCUUGACCAAAGUGAAUGGAAGAGUCUUUGUAGGCUUGAUAGCUUCAUUUCUACAUCAAAGUAUCCACAACAAAUAUUGAAUGGGGGACAAGUGUAUGUGGCAUGGAAGUUUUCAUCAAGGUGUCAAGGACUUCCCUUUUAAAUUUCAUCAAACAAAUUGAAUGGGAGGGGGGAGUCUUAAACCAGCUCAUGGCACUUCAGGGUUGCAACUAUAUUAAUUGUGUUUUCUGCAGUGGCUAAGAUCUGGGAUUGCAAUGGGGGAAGGGUUAUGUCUGCUGCAGCAGCAGCCUUUGCAAACUAUCCUGCUUCCCUGCCUAGCGUUCUGCCACCACUAAUCAUCUGUUAGGUGACGGAUAAAGGGAAAGGAGAGCCUGGGCUGAGUCCACAGAUCUUCCCUUGGUCUUCCAAACAGACGAUUAAGCAAAGACAAAACUGAUUAUUUGUUACGCAGCCUGCCACAGUCACCCUGAAGGAAGAACACAGGCUUGCUCUCUUCCUCUUUUGUGCCGAUGGUAGCGGUAAUGUUAGAACAGAAGCACAUUUUAAAUCAAGGAUCACUAAAUGGAUUUAAGGCAUGUAAUAUUUCAGUCAGAAACUGUAGCUACGUUUGCUUCAUCCCUAAAAUUACAGUAUGAAUAAACUAACAAAGUUGUAGUUCAAAUAAGUGGUGUUUAGACCUUGGAUACAAUAAGCUACUUAGCAAAUUUAAACCUACAAUAAAGAUGCAGGGGAAUCCUGUGCAUGUAUACUCAGAAGUAAGCCCUACUUUGGUCUAUGGGGUUUGUUUGCCUAGGAUUUAAUCAAGCAAUUAAAGCAGUGGGGGUGCACCAUUGGUCUCAAGACAAUGCAAAUUAUGGGCUAGAUCUACCAGAUCAUUUCUGCAGAUGGAAGGGUUUCUGUCCAUGAAGUGUGACUUCCUUCCCUUCUCACACUGAAGCCUGAACUAUUUUCCAAAAUCUUGCUUCUGGGCCUCAAAAACAGCAUUGGAGUGGGUUGGAUAGGCAUUAGGGCUCAACCAGAGAGGGGGAUAAGAAGAUCAGGCAGGAAUUCUCCUAUUUGUGAAUCCAUUUUUAGUGGAUCGAAGCCUGUAACUACUGGUGUACAAACAGGCAGAUAACCUUUUUGGACUUUUUAAAUGUGUUGUUUUAUAAGAACUAUCCUUCCAUUGCUAGCAUUGACUGAGGCUUUAAAGAAGCACAGGUUGCUUGGCAGAAAAUGGUAAAUCACAUUCUACAUCAUAAAUGCUGAUGGAAAACUGGACACAGUUCCUUUGAUUUCCUCUUGCACAUGUAAUAUAGAAAUUAAUGGAAUUUGAAAAUAUUUAAACAGUUAUGACAUGAACCAAUGAAAACAGCUGUCUCUGACACAGCUGAUUCAGAAAACAAACAAUGUGCACAUCUUUUAUGGGACUUGCACUGAAAAGUGUUUUUUAAGAGACUGGGAUUUGGGGGUAUUAGGCCUCUCUAAAAAGAACUACUAAUUUAUGUAAAUAGUUUUUUUAAGCUACUUACAGUAGAAGCUUUUGAAAACUAUGCAGUUUAGCUCUGAUAUGAGCACUUUUUUUUUGUUUUUUUAACCCCCCCCCCCCCGUAGUCUUCAGGAGCAGCCUUACUAACACUUGUAGGUGUUUUGCUGAUUAAACAAAGGAGAAUUACACCUUUGCUAAGCAACAUUUGUGGAAGCACUGCUUUCUGUCAUAAUUGUAUGUCUCUGGAAUAUGAAUGUGUAUGGACUGAAUCACCCGAAGUGGCUUAAAAGAACAGUAACAAGUUGAGUACGGUCCAAAAACAAUGAAGUUAUGUGCCACAUCUAUUGGGUAAAACUUAUGUUAAGUGUUUUUUUUAAUAACAUAUAUAUCAGAAGGAUACAUUUAGUGUUUUUGAACAAUAAAACUUCUAUGGCACACUAGAAAGUGA